AUGCGCAAUAAAGUUAACCUUAACACUCUUCAGAAAUGUAAAUUAAGAGAAAAUAAAACGCCUGAACAUUAUGAGGCUCAUCUUAUUAAGAAACGUGAGAAAAAAUGGAAAAGAAAGGCGGUAGAAAUUACUGAAGAAUGGGAUGCACGUUGCACAUAUUAUCCUACAACUGCAGCAGAAUCAAAGUAUGUCAGAGCAGGAUUGAGACAUUCCAGAGCGGUAAGAUCAGAGUGUCGAAGUUCCAUCUGA